CCGUCAGUUCAUGUGAUUGUUUCGUCCAGGUGAGAGUGCUUGAGAAGUGCUUCGACUUGGUGAUAGUUUGUAGUCUGCAGCGAUUUCCCAAAAUUGUGAAUUUCUGCAGAAGUGCAAAACGAGUCGGAUUUGUGACCACUUAUCGCAAAAAGUGAGUGCAUUUUCGGUUGUAGAUGAAAAAAAAAGUGAAAGAUUGGUCCCAAUAAUUAACCUUGCGGUAAACCAGACAUUUUUCCACGCGUGUGCAAAUUUGUUUUUUAUUGGUUAAUUGGAGAGUCGUGAUAAACAAACAAAAUAGUGUACCACUAAGCGAUUUUUAUUUCGCAAUUGCGCCUCAAAAUUACAAAUUGCAUACUUCGAAAUGACAAUAUUUGCGUGAUCAGCCUUCUACAGCAAUUUAGCCUCCAGUCUAUUCAAAAACACUCCUCAGAACCCAUGUUUUAAUCGAAUUUUUUUGCUAUGCUGGGUGCAGAGCAAGCUGGGUUGAAUGCUGGGCGUCACGCUUUGGCCUGGGUACUAGGCCAGACCGAUAUUUGGUACCUAUUGUACCGGUGCGCCAAUUACGUUAGCAAAGGGCACGGUCAGUCACCCAGCAGUGUCUCCAUCUUGGACAACCUCUUCACCCUGGACGACGACCAUUUCGACCAGGACGAAGACGACCUGAACAACCAGUUCCUCCAAGGAAGAGCAGAAACUCUCAACAAUGGGGCUCUCAGUCUCUCCCCGCCGCACAUCAUCUCGCAACGAGAGAACUUGCAGGUGAUGCAGCCUGCCAGCGCUCCCGGCUCGCCCCCUUCUAGUCCUUGCGUGUCGCCCACGGGCCCCCCGGGCACUCUCGACCCCAACUGGCAGGCGAGCAAGCCCACAGUGAGGGAGCGCAACGCCGCCAUGUUCAACAACGACCUCAUGGCCGAUGUCCGGUUCAUCGUCGGCAGCCCCGGCGCCACCCAAGACAUCCCCGCACACAAAUACGUCCUCGCGACCGGAAGUUCCGUCUUCUAUGCCAUGUUUUACGGCGGACUCGCCGAAUGCAAGGAGGAAAUCGAAGUACCUGACGUUGAACCGUCUGCGUUUCUCACUCUACUCAAAUAUUUAUACUGCGAUGAGAUCCAGCUAGAGGCGGACACGGUUCUUGCAACUUUAUACGUAGCGAAAAAAUAUAUUGUGCCCCAUUUGGCGCGUGCCUGUGUGAAUUAUCUCGAAACUAGUCUGACUGCGAAAAAUGCCUGUCUUUUGUUGAGUCAAUCGCGACUUUUCGAAGAACCGGAACUGAUGCAACGAUGUUGGGAGGUGAUUGAUGCUCAGGCCGAGAUGGCGCUGCGAUCGGAGGGUUUCGUGGACAUUGACAUGUCAACACUGGAAUCGGUCUUGGCUCGUGAGACAUUAAAUUGCAAAGAGAUGAAUUUACUCGAGGCGGCUUUGAAUUGGGCGGGGGCUGAAUGCAUCCGUCAAGACAUUGAACCCACCCCCCAAAACAAAAGAGUGGUAUUGGGCAACGCCCUCUACUUGAUACGAAUCCCGACGAUGACACUUGACGAAUUCGCAAACGGUGCUGCACAAAUGGGCAUUCUGACGCAAGAAGAGACUAUAAAUAUUUUCUUUCAUUUUACAGCGAAUAACAAGCCGAGUCUGCAAUAUCCAAUCAAGCCACGAGCUGGAUUAAAAUCUCAGGUGUGUCACAGGUUUCAAUCGUGUGCCUAUAGGUCGAACCAAUGGCGGUAUAGAGGGCGUUGCGAUAGCAUCCAGUUUUCGGUCGAUCGUCGCAUUUUCGUCGUCGGUUUCGGUCUGUAUGGGUCGUCGAACGGCGCCGCCGACUACAGCGUCAAAAUCGAACUGAAACGUUUAGGUCGCGUCUUGGCCGAAAACAACACACAAUUUUUCUCAGAUGGCUCGAGCAAUACGUUUCAUGUGUAUUUCGACAAUCCGAUUCAAAUCGAACCCGAGUCGUUUUAUACCGCUUCGGCGAUUCUAGACGGCGGCGAAUUGAGUUAUUUCGGACAGGAGGGUAUGAGUGAGGUGACUGUUGGCCAAGUGACGUUUCAAUUUCAAUGUUCCUCGGAAAGUACAAACGGAACAGGAGUACAAGGCGGUCAAAUUCCGGAACUUAUUUUUUAUGGACCGACAUACGAAGAACACUAGAACCAGUCGGGUUUUUGUUCGAACGUUAUGUGAAUUCUUUACUUUCUGUUUGUUUAAAGUGCUGUGAAUUAAGGGACUUUUUAUUUAUAAUCUAGUUAAGGUGAUGUUUUUUUUUUAUAAUUUUUUGUUUUGUAACGAAACUGGAUAUCUCCAAAAGAUGUUGUGUUCACAUGAAAUACAAAUACUGUAAAUAGUUUGUUUAAAAAAAUAUAUAAUACUAAAAUGAUAUAUUCCCGUAAGAAAGCUUAAUCAUUAGAUAUUUUUCGAAAUGUCUUACAGAUUUUUGCCUCUCAAGUGAUAACCAUGUACUGUUUUAACUCAGACAAGUUAUAUAAUGCCAGUAGGUUUUAAGACGUUGCAUUAUAUAAAGCAGACGAGUCCAUGUAUUAACCAAACAGGGUUCGAUGAAUACAGACGUGUAAAUUAGCUUAGCAUUUUUUGUUUCUUUUACUCUUUUGUUACUACGAGAAUAUUUCCAGAGUAACUAUUAGCAUAGCAAUAUUUAUACGGCAAACAUUUGCUUACAUUGCCAUGAUAUUCGUUACUACUUAUGUGAUACAACAAAUAAUUUGAUAAAAUAUAUAUCUUGGUAGUUU